AUGAAGGGUUUAUUAUUUGUUUUUCUAAUACUUGUUAUUGCUUCACAUAGCUUAUGUGCUAGAAUAACACCUACAGCAGAUUAUGGAGGCUCUACUUUUGAUGUUUCUAAAUAUGGUGCUAUUGGGAAUGGCAAUACAGAUGAUUCAGAAGCUUUUCUAAAAGCAUGGCAAGAUGUUUGUACGAGUAAAGAUAACCCAACACUUAUCAUACCAAAGGACAAAACAUACUUCUUACAACCUUUAACAUUUCAAGGUCCAUGCAAAUCUGCAACAGUUAAAGUUGAGCUAGGAGGAACUAUCAUUGCCCCGAAAAAUAUUGAGGAUUGGAAAUGGGCAGAAAAUAAAGAGAUAUCAUGGAUUCGAUUUGAGCGCAUAAACGGUCUUGUUGUCAAUGGGGAAGGAAAAAUUAAUGGCCAAGGUGCUCCAUGGUGGAAAACAUAUCCUAAUAAUGAAAGUAAAAGGCCUUCGGCAAUUAAGUUUAUUAAGUGCGAAGGACUUACAAUUAGCGAUUUGACUCACUUUGAUAGUCCAAAAAAUCAUAUGAGUAUAAGUUCGUGUAAAAAGGUAUUUAUAUCCAAUCUUAAAAUGAUUGCACCAGAAGAUAGUCCUAACACCGAUGGGAUUGAUAUUGCUGACUCAUCCAAUGUCAUCAUUAAGGAUUCAUCAAUCACAACUGGUGACGAUUGUGUCGCCGUUAACACCGGAUCCUCCUUCAUCAACAUAACUGGUGUUUUUUGUGGACCUGGUCAUGGCAUCAGUAUUGGUAGCCUCGGAAAAAAUGGAGAAUAUGCUAAAGUAGAAGAUAUAUAUGUUAAAAAUUGCACUUUUACGAGAACUUCAAAUGGAGCCAGAAUCAAGACAUGGAAGGGAGGAAAUGGAUAUGCAAGGAAGAUCACAUAUGAAAAUAUUGAAUUUAUCGAAGUCAAGAAUCCUAUAAUUAUUGACCAGAGUUAUUACCCUAAAUUAUAUGCCAAUGUUGGCAAAGGUGUGGCAGUGACUGAUGUUACUUUUCGCAAUCUACGUGGAACUUCUACCAAGGAUCCAAUCCAACUAAAAUGUGAAACUACCAUUAGCUGCAUCAACAUUGAACUUGAUAAUAUCAACAUUACUCGUAUUGAUAAAAGAAAAAUAUAA